GCCGCCGCCGCCCGGUGUCCGCGGGGCGGCAUGAGGAGAGCCGGGGGCGGCUGCCGGGGCCGCCAUGUCGCUGCUCUGCGUGCGAGUAAAAAAAGCUAAACUCCAUGGACCACCAGAUAAAUUCAAUACGUAUGUGACCCUGAAAGUGCAAAAUGUGAAGAGCACGACGGUGGCUGUGCGAGGUGACCAGCCCUGCUGGGAACAGGAUUUUAUGUUUGAGAUCAGUCGGCUGGACCUGGGCCUUAUUGUGGAAGUAUGGAACAAAGGACUGAUAUGGGACACCCUGGUUGGGACUGUGUGGAUUGCUCUGAAGGCCAUUCACCAAUCUGAUGAGGAAGGUCCUGGGGAGUGGUCUACGCUGGAGGCAGAAGUUGUAAUGAAACAUGAUGAAAUAUGUGGAACCAAAAACCCAACUCCUCAUAAAAUUUUGCUGGACACAAGAUUUGAGUUACCUUUUGAUAUCCCUGAAGAGGAGGCCAGAUACUGGACCAGAAAAUUAGAACAAAUAAAUUCACUGGGAGAUGAUGAGUAUUCCUUUCAGGAGGAAGUCCAGAAGAAACCGUUGCCCAGUGCUGCCUCCCAGUGUUCCUUUGAAGAUGCUGACAGUGCUGUGGAUGACCGGGACAGUGACUACCGCAGUGAGACGAGCAACAGCAUCCCCCCUCCAUACCACACCACCGUGCAGCCCAACGCCUCUGUGCACCAGUUCACGGGCCCGGCUCGCCUGCAGCAGCAGGGAGUCUUGCGGGAUUCCUGUGCUGACUCCCUCCAGAAUUAUGAUCUGGAUUAUCGAGAGCAUGUGGCUGUCAGUCCUGCUGGCAGUAGUAGAUACGGCUCCUCUUGCAAUGUCAGCCAGGAAAGCUCUCACCUUAGUGAGCUGGAACAUUCCCAUGAAAGUGCCCAUGGCUCUGAGCAGGAAGAUGAUCACCAGGAAAGGCAGUCAAAUCACUCUUAUCACAGUUCGAGCAGCUAUCAGAAGGAUGGUCAGGCAUGGCUCAAAGAGCAAGAAGAGCCUUACGGCAAAGGAGAGGAGGAGAAGGUCUGCAAAACUGAGGAAAAACCUGCAGACCAUUCUGCGGCUAAGUUACCUCUGGAACUUGAGAAGCCCAAGGAUGUUGAUGCAGGCGUCCAGAUGAGCUACCAGGGUGACAUCGAGCCACCACUGUUUUCUCCAGCAAGAGCCCAUUGGAUUAGAGCCAUUAGCAAAGUCCGACUGCAGCUUCAACAGGGCCAAGAUGAGGCUGAUCCAUCAAAACCACCCUGGCUCAAAGGAGGGCCUGCAGGUGGACUCUAUGGCAUUGAUAGCAUGCCUGAUCUACGCAAAAAAAAGCCAAUUCCACUUGUCAGUGAUCUGUCACUGGUUCAGUCCCGAAAAGCCGGAAUUACCUCAGCAAUGGCUACUAGAACAUCUCUUAAAGAUGAAGAGCUGAAAUCUCAUGUCUAUAAGAAGACCUUGCAAGCCUUAAUUUACCCCAUCUCUUGUACAACCCCACACAACUUCGAAGUGUGGACAGCCACAACUCCUACCUACUGCUACGAAUGUGAGGGGCUGCUGUGGGGCAUCGCACGGCAGGGAAUGCGCUGCGGGGAGUGCGGGGUCAAGUGCCAUGAGAAGUGCCAAGACUUGCUCAAUGCUGACUGCCUGCAGAGAGCAGCUGAGAAGAGCUCGAAGCAUGGAGCUGAAGACCGGACCCAGAAUUUCAUCAUGGCCAUGAAGGAUCGCAUGAAAAUCCGGGAGCGGAACAAGCCUGAGAUCUUCGACUUGAUCAGAGAUGUGUUUUGUGAGAGCAAAAUGACACAUGCUCAGCAGAUGAAGACAGUGAAACAGAGUGUGCUUGAUGGUACCUCAAAGUGGUCAGCAAAGAUCACAAUCACUGUGGUGUGUGCUCAGGGUCUGCAGGCCAAAGACAAGACUGGGUCCAGUGAUCCAUAUGUAACUGUUCAAGUGGGUAAAACAAAGAAGAGGACAAAAACCAUCUUUGGGAAUCUGAACCCUGUAUGGGAAGAGAAGUUUUACUUUGAGUGCCAUAAUUCCUCUGAUCGGAUCAAGGUGCGAGUGUGGGAUGAAGAUGAUGACAUCAAGUCUCGUGUCAAGCAGAGGCUGAAACGCGAGUCGGAUGAUUUCCUGGGGCAAACAAUCAUUGAAGUUCGCACUCUGAGUGGAGAAAUGGAUGUGUGGUACAACCUUGAGAAGCGAACAGAUAAGUCUGCGGUGUCCGGGGCUAUUCGCCUGCAAAUCAGUGUGGAGAUCAAAGGCGAGGAGAAAGUGGCUCCCUAUCAUGUUCAGUACACUUGCCUUCAUGAGAACCUCUUUCACCAUCUCACAGAUGUGCAAGGGAAUGGGGUGGUGAAGAUCCCUGAUGCCAAAGGAGAUGAUGCAUGGAAGGUGUAUUUUGAUGAGACAGCCCAAGAGAUUGUGGAUGAAUUUGCGAUGCGUUAUGGCAUUGAGUCAAUAUACCAGGCCAUGACGCAUUUUGCAUGUCUCUCCUCUAAAUACAUGUGCCCAGGCGUGCCAGCUGUGAUGAGCACCUUACUUGCCAAUAUCAAUGCUUAUUAUGCACACACCACUGCCUCCACAAAUGUGUCUGCUUCGGACCGCUUUGCAGCCUCCAAUUUUGGGAAAGAACGAUUUGUGAAGCUUCUGGAUCAGCUUCAUAAUUCACUUCGGAUUGAUCUCUCAAUGUACCGGAAUAACUUCCCAGCCAGCAGCCGUGAGCGGCUGCAGGACCUGAAGUCUACAGUGGAUUUGCUGACCAGCAUCACUUUUUUCAGGAUGAAGGUCCAAGAGCUGCAGAGCCCACCCCGAGCCAGCCAGGUGGUGAAAGACUGUGUAAAAGCUUGCCUCAACUCCACCUACGAGUACAUUUUCAACAACUGUCAUGAGCUGUACAGUCGGGAGUACCAGACAGAUCCUAACAAAACUCAGGACCUUCCUGCUGAGGAACAGGGCCCCAGCAUCAGAAACCUUGAUUUCUGGCCCAAACUCAUCACUUUGAUAGUUUCCAUCAUAGAAGAGGACAAGAAUUCUUACACCCCAGUCCUGAAUCAGUUUCCUCAGGAGCUUGCAGUUGGAAAGAUCAGUGCAGAAGUGAUGUGGAGUCUUUUUGCCCAGGAUAUGAAAUAUGCCAUGGAAGAACACGAGAAACACAGACUGUGUAAAAGUGCAGACUAUAUGAAUUUACACUUCAAAGUGAAGUGGCUGUACAACGAAUAUGUUCGUGAUCUGCCUGCCUUCAAGGGAAAAGUGCCUGAAUAUCCAGCGUGGUUUGAGCAGUUUGUGAUGCAAUGGCUGGAUGAAAAUGAAGAUGUUUCCUUAGAUUUCCUGCAUGGUGCUCUGGAGAGAGAUAAAAAAGAUGGGUUCCAGCAAACAUCCGAGCACGCUCUGUUCUCUUGCUCAGUGGUGGAUGUGUUCACCCAGCUCAACCAGAGCUUUGAAAUCAUUAAGAAGCUGGAGUGCCCAGACCCUGUUAUUGUUGCCCACUACAAUAGGAGGUUUGCUAAGACUAUUGGGAAAGUGCUGAUGCAGUAUGCUGACAUACUCUCCAAGAGCUUUGAGUCCUACUGUUCCAAGGAGAAACUGCCCUGCAUCCUGAUGAACAACAUCCAACAACUGCGGGUGCAGCUGGAGAAGAUGUUUGAAGCCAUGGGUGGUAAAGAGUUGGAUGCAGAAGCAAGUGACCAUCUCAAAGAGCUCCAGGUGAAGCUGAACAAUGUUUUGGAUGAGCUCAGUGCAGUGUUUGGUAACAGCUUUCAGACUCGGAUUGAUGAAUGUGUCAAGCAAAUGUCUGAUAUCCUCUGUCAAGUGAAAGGGACAGCAAAUUCUGCUGCUAAUGCCAGAAACACAGUUGCACAAGAUGCAGAUAAUGUCCUGCGGCCACUGAUGGACUUCCUGGAUGGAAACCUGACACUGUUUGCGACUGUGUGUGAAAAGACAGUGUUGAAACGGGUGCUGAAAGAGCUCUGGAGGGUGGUAAUGAACACCAUGGAGAAGCUGAUUGUGCUGCCUCCUCUUACAGACCAUACGGGCACACAGUUGAUUUUCAGUGCUGCUAAGGAACUGGGACACUUGUCAAAGUUGAAGGAUCAUAUGGUGAGAGAAGAAACCAGGAGCCUCACUCCAAAGCAAUGUGCUGUUCUGGAUCUGGCACUGGAUACAAUCAAACAAUAUUUCCAUGCUGGUGGGAAUGGUCUGAAAAAAACCUUCUUGGAGAAGAGUCCAGACCUACAGUCUCUUCGAUAUGCUCUCUCCCUCUACACUCAGACCACGGACACUCUCAUCAAAACAUUUGUCCAGUCUCAGACUGCUCAGGGCUCCGGUGUGGAUGAUCCUGUGGGAGAAGUGUCCAUCCAGAUCGACCUGUACACCCACCCAGGAACUGGGGAGCACAAGGUCACGGUGAAAGUUGUGGCAGCCAAUGACCUGAAGUGGCAGACAUCUGGCAUGUUCCGUCCAUUUGUUGAAAUCACCAUGAUUGGGCCCCACCAGAGUGACAAGAAGAGGAAGUUCACAACCAAGUCAAAGAGCAACAACUGGGCUCCAAAGUACAAUGAAACCUUUCAUUUCAUCCUGGGGAAUGAAGAUGGCCCUGAUGCCUACGAGCUCCAAGUCUGUGUGAAGGAUUACUGCUUUGCCCGGGAGGACCGGGUUCUGGGGAUAGCAGUGAUGCAGCUCAGAGACAUAGCAGACAAAGGAAGCUGUGCUUGCUGGUGCCCCCUCGGGCGUAGGAUUCACAUGGAUGAGACUGGACUCACAAUCCUGAGGAUUCUCUCUCAGAGAACCAAUGAUGAAGUUGCCAAGGAAUUUGUGAAGCUGAAAUCUGAGUCCCGCUCCACAGAGGAAGGCACCUGAGCUGAGCUGUGUAAUGUUCCCUUUCCUCUUCUGCCUUGUGCCAAUAUGUGCAAGUGUUCAACAAUUCUUUUAUUAAUUGCAAAAGGGUUUUUUCAUGUUGUCUUUGUCAGCUCCGAUAGCGCACCUGUGCUGUAUAGGAAACAAAUCCAUCAAUCUGAUGUGAAUUAUUUAUUUUUUAGUAGCUGGGUAAGACACCGUAGAGAAUGAGACAAUCUCUUCUUAUUUAACAUGUAAAUUCUGCUUUGUGUAUAUAAAUUAUUUUAUAUUGGAGGCUGGAAUUGCUGGGUUUUGUUGAUAUGCAGCACUGUGAUUUUAUCCUCUGAAUUUGGCAGGCAUUAAAAAGGUUCUGCAUAAUCACACUACGAUGCAAACACAACUGUGUGGAAAUUGGGAGGAGAUGAUUUGGGGGGGGUUGACAAAGCACAGUUAUCUCUCAUUGAAUUCAUGUACUGUGGAGCUGCCUGGGGAUCUUCUGACACAGAUUAUGCCAACAUGAUAUACAGACACCUCAAAGAAGAGGUUGCAGAUGGCUCUGAGGAUGCACACCGAAUGAAUGUAUGUCCAUGGGUGUGCUGCUGUGAGCGCAGGCGAGACCAGGGCCACAAGCCCGGGGUGGAGCCUGAGAUCUCGUAGCCAAAAGCUGCAAAGGCAGCGCACCAGGAGCAAGCUGAAGCUGUAAUUAGCUGGUGUGUCUCGGAGAAUGCAAAUCCCCACGUGCUGCUGUGAGUCCCUGAUGGCCGUGGGGGUGCUGUAAGCUGCUCAGCUCCGUAAGGCACGCUCGGGCUGCCGUGACCGACACGGUCGGGAAGGGAUCAGCGUUAGAUUUGUAGAGUUAGAGCCAUUACAAAUCACAUGGCUGCUAUGUGCUUUUUCCACUUCAAUAUUCUUUUGUUAGUGUUUGACAGAGGAUUGGAUAAUUUAAUAUUGCAGGCUUUCUGUAGCAUUUUAUUACCCUGGAGUAGCUAAGACCAUUCCUCACUAUGAACCCAGAGAUGUGGCUUGCUUGGGAGAGAGGAACACACCUCCCCUCUGCAAGCCCUCAGUCUGGAGUGCUGGUCAAGGGGCAGCACGUCCAUUUGCUUCUGAUCUUGGAGAUGCUGUUGGCCGUGCUGUGGUUGAUCCAUGCUGAUUGUUAUUAAUCUUAUGAUACCAUUGAAAUAUUUUUGCACUGUCUUAAAGAAGCAUCCUGCUUUUGUUUUCUUAAAAAACAAAACACUGUCCUGAGCAAAGUAGUUGCAGGGAGGUCAGAAUUUCUGACUGAAAAUUCGUAAGCAGGAAGGUCUGGAGUGGUGAUUGCACCUGAGGCAUGUUUGUUGGAGGGUUUUUAUUGGGGAUAUUUUUGCUUUUCCAGCUGCCCUUGUGCUCUGGAAAGUGCAGCUGGAACAAGCCAGUCCUUGCCCAUAAAGUACUGUAAUACUGUCAAUAAAUUCAAGGACUGCAUAUUGAAUGACUUUUUUUUUCCUUUCUAUUUUCUCUGACACUUGUGUAGCUGUAUGAUGUGACUCCUGUAUUUCAUGGGCCUGCUUGUAGAGUUCUGAGACAGUACAUCUGCUUUGUUCUUGUCCAUGGUGUGUUACAAUAAUGCUCUUCAAAACUCCACGCUAUUUGUCAUGAUUUUGAAUCAUUGUACGUGCCAUUGUUAUGAGAACUGUUAGUAUGGUCUUUAAUAAACUCUUUUA